AUGAAUGUGCAUUACAGAAAAUAUAAGUUGCUCCGUGGGAGGCUUUUGGUUUGGUGUUUGAACCCUUUGAAUGUAGUCCUGAGCUUAGUAUUUAUAGGAGUCUCGGAAGGACAUUCAAAGCUGACAAGACCUGCGUGGUGGAGCUUGGCCGGGCAAGUGGAUAGUCAAAUCGGCAUUUGGGAUCGUGAAGCAUGGUGGUCUGGGGUUGAGAAGCAUGGUGAAGUCUGA